AUGACUUCUAUUCAACGAGUAAACAAUUUUAUCGAUGGUAAAUUCGUACCAACAGAAAGUUAUUUGGACAGUUUUAAUCCAAGUACUGAAGACGUUAUUGCUCAUAUAGCGGAUAGUUCACCAGAAGAUGCUAAUCAAGCUAUUGAAGCAGCUCGAAAAGCGUUUCCUGCAUGGAGUCGACAAACAGCUACAAAACGAGCAUAUUAUCUUAAUAAAAUCGCUGAUUUGAUACAAGAGCGUUUAGAAGAUUUCGCACGUGCUGAAUCAUUAGAUCAAGGUAAACCUUUAUCAUUAGCACGUACGUUGGAAAUCCCACGUGCAGUUGAAAACUUUCGAUUCUUUGCACAAGCUAUAACACAAAGUCGUGAAAGUUUUACUCAACAUGGAACAGUGCCUAAUGCUAUAACCUACACAACACGAAGUCCAGUAGGUGUUGCUGUAUUGAUUAGUCCAUGGAAUUUGCCUCUAUAUUUAUUAACAUGGAAAAUAGCACCAUGCAUUGCAUUCGGUUGUACUUGUUAA